GUAAUACUCAUACACCUGAUCCUCCAACUGCCUCAUUCCUUUCUCCUUCCUCUCGUAGAGAUACCUCAAGACAGAGAAUGAACUCUCUGACAUAUCUCUCUCGACAAUUCGACGUCCUCGCCUCUCCGAAAACUCCGCCACCGAACGCAUCGUCAGAACGUCCUCCAGAUCCGCCUCUGAAACGGGUGAAGACCUGGUCGACUAGUUCUUUCCUGUUCUCUCCUUCGAUUUCCCAUUCACCUCAUAAACGACGAAGCUCACAUCCGUCAUCCGAACCAUCGAGUUCUGCAGCAAGGGCCGCAACACAACCUUCUCUGUCACUAGAAACCCAAAUCUCGCCCAAAUCACGUUCGGACUCAUUGAUCGGGCGAGUAUAUCUAAUUCGAAUACUGGCAUGGGCAUGGGAGACUUUUCGAAGGGCAUGGACAUCGUUGGUCACUAGCUAUCUUCCAGUUGAAAAGCAGACAGGCUCUAUAGCUGACGAGAAGAGGGAUUUGAUUAUCGAGGAAACCACGGAUGAUGAGGCUUCCAUCUCGUCGUCGUCGUCGCUUUCGGCAGUAGACCGUAGAUCUCCAGUACCACCUUCCAUCUCUGUCUCUCCAGAUUCCCCAACGCCAAGUCAUACAACUGAUUCCGCAUCGGGUACACCACGUUCAGCCACUCCAACGUUGACAACGCGGAAGACUCCCUUUCACUUCCAGAAAACCUUGGUACUUGAUCUGGAUGAGACCCUCAUACAUUCGACCUCACGGCCUAUGUCUAACUAUACGGGCAGCUCCGGACUAUUUGGGAUACGGGCCUUUGGAAGUAGGAAAGCAGGUUCUGGCCAUGUUGUUGAAGUAGUCUUGGGUGGACGGAGCACUCUCUACCACGUAUACAAGCGGCCAUUUGUAGACUUCUUUCUUCGAACUGUUUCUGGUUGGUAUACACUCGUAAUAUUCACCGCCUCGAUGAAAGAGUAUGCAGAUCCUGUUAUUGAUUGGUUGGAUGCUGGACGAGGGAUAUUAGGGAACCGAUUGUUCAGAGACUCUUGUACUCAACUGCCAAAUGGAUCGUACACUAAGGACCUCACCAUUGUAGAGCCUGACCUAGCGAGGGUCUGCCUGGUGGACAACUCUCCUGUGAGCUACAAAGUCAAUGAAGCUAAUGGGGUACCGAUUGAAGGCUGGACUCACGAUCCAUCAGACGAGGCGUUAUUAGACUUGCUCCCGGUUCUCGACUCACUACGAUUCACGUCCGAUGUACGACGCGUUCUUGGACUUCGCAUAGCAGGCGGUCACUCUUGAUCAUACCUCCACUAUUAUUAUCUCUGGGUAAUGGUUUCUUCGGUUUCUUCGCAUUCAUUUAUUACCUUACUUGAAGCACAUCAUAACGAUACCAAAUGCAAUAUCUUCAUCGUGGGUCUGAUGCUGGGCACUACUGUAAAAAUUACAUCUGAGGAAUCUUCGCUUUUGUUGUUGAAUUACGACGAAAC